GAGAUGAUCCAUAAAACAGACCUCGUUUCCAUCGUCAGCCCGCCCUCAAAUCGCCUCUGGCACCCGGUCCCUUUUUUGCGUCCCUUCCGAUCUGGACCUUUCUCCCUUGUACUCCCUCAAAGCUCUACAUCUCGAUCCCUGGAUCAAUAGUCCCUCUUUUAGCUUACCUACGAUGGUGGUUGUUGAUUGAUUGAUUGAUUGAUUGAUUGAUUGCCCCCGAUCGCCCAAGACCCUGUCUGCCUGCCUGUCUUUCCCCGUACUUUCCUCGUCCUCCGCCGCCGCAGGAUGUCUAUCGACCCCCCCAUAAUCGCGAUGCUUUCCACAUCGCCCAUUCCCGUCGGGUCUAGCAUCUUCUUUGCGUCGGCCCUUCUCACGAUCUCCGUCCUUGUUCUGCUGCUUUUGCGACGCUUCCUGACCCUGCGCGCCACCCCGGCUUAUCUUGCCAUUCCCGUCUUCCUCGCGCUCGCGCUUCCGGCCAGUGUAGUCCUCUUGGUACCCAUUGACCUCGCAUCGAGCUCGCGGGAGGGGGCUGGACCCACGGCUAUCUGGUUGCCCGACCGUCUGAUUCUGGUUUCCUGGCGCAUUGCCUACUGGCUAAUCUUUGUGCUAACAUGGGCCAUCCUUCCUCUGCUUGGAGAAUACAUCGACUCGGGUUACCGUGACCCCAAAGGUCGCAUCCAUUAUUCCAUUCGUUCGAACGCGCGUUAUCAGCUCAUUGUCUUGUGCUGUGCGACGGUCGGACUUAUCUACAUCUCGAUCCAAAAUGGCUUCGAGUUCACCUCCAUCAAGACACUUGUCAUGGCCCUUGCAUAUGUCUGGGGUCUUGUUCUGGCUAUCUACCUGAUGGGCCAUGGUCUCGUGUCGAUUCCCCGCACCCUGUUCCGGAACGCCAACGUCAGUGGUCGGCUGCGGAGGAUCCAAGCUCAUGCGCCGAGGCUGCAUGACCGCUUGAUGGACGCGAUCAACGAUCUUGAAAGCUUAGAGUCGCAGGUGACCCAACUCCAGCGACGCAAGACGGGCACAGCUCUCGACUUUCAGGAAUGGAUUGAAGAGUUGGCGGAGACGGCGAGCCCCUCGCCGGAGCUGCGCUCAGGUCUGCUGGAACAAUCGGAUGGUCCCGGCACGAUCCCUGCUGUCAUCACUGAGCGCUAUCUUGCGGAUCUGACCAGGCGCCUUCAGCGCGCUCGACACCAGAAGGCCCGUUUCGUUGACGAAUGGGACCGCUUGGUCCUAUCCGCGGACGACAUCCAGGCGAUCAUUAAUUCGUCGGCGUCUCAGAAGCUUGAGUUCAACCAUUCGACCCAUCGGUCAAGUUUCCUGUCGAGCCUGAAGCUUUUGAACCCCUAUAUGCGAUACCACCUUUACGUGCACGUUAUCCCGAAUGUGCGGCUCGGCUUGGGGGCGCUUUUCUCGGCGGCGUCCGUCUGCAUUGUCUGGUCGGAGUUGGUCAAAUCGCUGGCGCCUCGGCUGUCUGUGGUGACCCUUUCCAUAGUGUCCUACCACAAGGCUCCGGCCCAGGUCGAGUUUGGGCGGCAACUAAUCGCCUCUGCUUGGUUGCUGUACAUGUGUUCCGCGGCUUUGGUGGGCGUCAACGAUGCCAAAGUGUGGGGCAACCGAGCCCUGGUCCGUCGGAACACGUACGGGGAGAGCGCGUGCUGGUACGCGGGGCUAGUGGCCAAGCUGACCGUGCCUAUUGCAUACAACUUCCUGACGUUUUUGCCCGAGAGUGUCCGACAGAACACCACCUUCUACAAGUUUCUGGGCCGGUUCAUCGACCUCACCCCCUUAGGAAAGGGCUUCGACUACUUCUUCCCGGUCUUCAUUCUGGUGCCCAUCGGCGCCACCCUUUUCAACCUCUACGGCCGGGUGCAGAACAUCUGCAGCUGGGGUCUCAUCGAAGACGAUGAAGAUGAUCUAGAAAACAACCCCGGGGGCUACGGGCUGGGCGGAUGGCGAGAGGGACGGGACCUGAUCGAGCGCGAACUGAACGGUCUCGGUGGUCUGGGGCUGUCCACUCGCAGCGGUCACCGGUCGCCUCGCCCGGCCAGCCGCAUUGAUGAGGAGAGCCCUGCGUUUUCUUCCUCGCGGACUGCGCUGCUUGAGAACUCCAGGGCUCCUCGGGCUCCCAGGGGAGCGGCCGCCACGAUCACCCCGAUGGAGGACGAAGACGAGGAGAACUUCUUCCAGUCUUUUGCCCACCGAGUAAAGAACACGUUCGAAACCGCGGGCAAGCCCCAAUGGCUGCAGGGAGACUCCUUCCGUCUGCCCCGAUGGAUGAGCAACGAAAACAGCGAGAGCAACGACGGCCUCGCGAGGUGGUUUGGAGGCCGACCUGCGCCUGGCGGGGUCCGACUGUGAGGCCCCUGGUCAGUAGUGUAACCUGUACUUGCUGCAUGGCGAAGGCGUUGCUGGUAGACGGUCUUCCUUGGUAGUAUUAAUAUAAAUGUACAUAGUAGCUACCUAGUGAUUGUUUUUCUUUUUUUUUUUUUUACCAGCCGUUUCAUUCGGG